CGAGCACUUUCCCACCAGCAUAACUCCAAUAGCUUCAGAUACAGCCGGCUUUGCUGCAGUAACUGAGAUAGGCCUCUCUCAUUGCUCUUGUUCCAGCAACUAAGAUAGACCUCUCUCAUUGCUCCGGUAACUAAGAUAGACCUCUCUUUGCUCCAAUAACCAAGAUAGUCCUCUCUCAUUGCUCCAGUAACUAAGAUAGUUCUCUCUAAUUGCUCUAGUAUCUAAGAUAAUCCUCUCAUUGCGCCAGUAACUAAGAUAGAUUUUCUCUUUCCUCCAGUAACUAAAAUAGACUUCUCUCAUUGCUCCAGUAUCUAAGGAUAGACCUCUCCCAUUCCUCCAGUAACCAAGAUAGACCCCUCUCAUUGCUCGUGCUAAGAUAUUCCUCCAAUAACUACGAUCGUCCUCUCUCAAUGCUCCAGUAACUAAGAUCAACCUCUCUCAUUGCUCCGGUAACUAAGAUAGACCUCUCAUUGCUCCAAUAAAUAAGAUAGCCCUCUCUCAUUGCUCCAGUAAAUAAGAUAGCCCUCUCUAACUGCUCCAGUAUCUAAGAUAGUCCUCUCAUUGCACCAGUAACUAAGAUAGACCUCUCUCAUUCCUCCAGUACCUGCUUGUCUCUAUCCUCCCUUCCCUCAGUGGCAAUCGUCCAACUGCAGCCACAGUCUGUCACUUUCAUCAGUAUAAUUGAGGCUUUUUAAUAAUAGUCACGUAGUUUAACCCAACUAACUUUAAUUACAGUUUCCAAACCUCAAAGGCAGUCUAACAACUUCAUUGGUGGUCUGUCAGCUGCAAAGACAGUCUGUCUUACUCAGUAAACAGCAUACCAACUUAAAUGGCAGUCUACAAAUUUUGGUCCACUACAUCUAACAAUCCCUCUGCAGAGGAAUAUUCUGCUAACCUUGGAAUAAUUCUAUCAAUGUUCCAACUCCAUUUUAGUGACAGUUGCAGAUUCUUAACUAGCAACAUCAGUACCAAUUUGCCAUUUUCAAUAACAUUUUACCUUCAACAGAACUCCACGUUUUAGCUUCCUAUAUUUUCUGGCAGUCUCUACUAAUAUUUUACAUGCCUUUACAUUUCUAACAGUAUCAUCAAGAAUUUACAAACCUCCAAUUCUUUAUCAGCCUCAGUAUUGCUCCAUCAGCUUCAAUAACAAGAUAAUUCUCAGCAGUUGUGUUCCCCUCAGUAACAUUAUUAACCUCAGCAGAAAUCCUCUGUCCUUUAUUGAUGCUACCAACUUUAACCCUUUUCAGUUACUGUUGUCACCAUUAUUGCAUCUGCUACACUAGGAUUCGCCUAACUUCAGGGCUUCUCCAUCCGCAUAGGUGUUCUACUAAGCUUAGCAAUGCUCUGCCAAACUUACCAGGACCUUAGCUUUGAGUGAAAUCUAUCAGUCACAGGAACACAUUGCCAACCUCAACAGCAUUUAACCAAUAGCGCAAAUUUAGUUAACACUCAGUAAGGGCUUUGGUUCUUGUUCUUAAAGUUAAUCAGAACUGUGAAUGAGCAAAUAUAUUUUGUUUUAUCUGCAUAUUAAUACACCCAUAAUUUUAUGACGUGAGUGUUGUUACACCUUACUAAUUGAUCUAUCUUGACAGAUUGACUCUUAAUGCAUGCAUAACAAAGUAAGUUUCAUUAUCAACUCCCAAGAAGCUAUCAAUUGAAGUGCCAUUUUUAUGAGCUACAAUGGAGGAGGUUUAUAGAAAGCAGAAACAUGGCAAUCGGGCUACCUCUAAAUUAAGGGCGAGCAUUAAAAUUCAAAAAGAGAAUUUGGCAGCUCAAAUGAAUUUGAAUACCAGCCUUUCCAAAUAUAAUUUGAGUGAUCAACAGGAAUUGCUUGCCACGGCCACUUGCAGCUGGCUUCAGCCCACUGAAGAAUUUCAGUAUCCAGUAGAUUUGCCCAGUGGAUUGUCAAGCCAAAUGAAAGACUUCAAAUAUCCCAAUGCUGUUAUUCUAGCUCCAGUGGUACAGGAUGCUCCAUUUAAUUACAAAGAAUUCCAACAAAUUUUGAGGGAAUUGGUGGUGGGAAUUUAUGUUAUGAAUCAAAUUCCUUCUAUUUAUAUUGAUGGCAACCAUGAUUGCAGUUCCUCUUGCCUUCUGUCCCCUGCUUACAAUGAUACACUAACUGGGCAAAUUUUGAUAAAUGUGGACUACACAAUGAAAGCACUUUGGCAUGGAGCGUACAUGUCAAAGGAAAAAAGGAUGCGAUUUUCAGAAAUUUGGCGCUCCCGUGUCAACAUGGGCAUUGAUGGAACUCCGAAGGCAGAGGAAAAGACACUUACUGAAUUUCGUAAAGCAGGUCUGAUAGAUAUCUCAGUCGAUCCUGAUUUUGAAGGAAUUUAUAGUGAGGUAUAUAAUGAUCCAACAUACGAUCCCAAUGACUGUUCAGAGAUGGAGUUAUUUAUGAAAUAUGUGAACAACAUUUUACUUCAAAUCAACCCCUACCUCAUAAGUGUUAAACAGCAUCAAAAUAUGUUCACGUAUGAUGCAGACUAUAUCCUCAGUAAUGCAGUUCGACUUACAGAAGAAGAAAUUGAUCUAGUAAAUUACCAGAGACUACAGCAGAGAUUGAUUCUUCACCAAAAACAUGUGGAGAAGUUUCUGACGAGGAAAGCACAAAUCCACAGAGACAUCACCUAUCUCAAGUUAAUCGCCUUCCUUGUGCCAUUGCUUAUUGCAAUGAAGAGGGAGAGGAAAAUUCCAGUUUUGAGCAGACUCCUACCUCCAUUUUCUGAUGAAAAGUUAAAAACUGAACGUGAGUUUCCACCCCUUCUUCUCGGCGCAAGUUUCAAAUGUAAACAUUUUCAAUACCAAACAAGUGAAUGCUUCCAUCUCCACGGUGGAAUUGAAUUUGAUAUGGGAACUCCUGAAAUUGAGGAUAUGCCCUAUACUAUAAAGGUUGCCUUUGAUGAUAUUUAUUCCCAAGCUAUGCACCAUCUAAAACAAUUGUUCAAUCCUGACAUGAUACUCAGAGGCCAACAUACCAUACCUAUUAUGCAGUUUGAUGAUCAGAGCUAUUAUGUAAUCUGUAUAGAACUAGAAAACCUCCAUCAGAAAGAUCAGAAAUUUCAGUGGUGGAGAAACAUGAGUGAAACAGUCCGCCAGUUGAAAUCCAGCAAGCUACCACUGAAUGAAGUCCAGAUUGCUGAACAAUUAAAGAAAAAAUAUGGCAUUAGAAAAGCAGCAAAAUGCAAGAAUUUGCCCUUUAGUCUAAUAUCCGUGACUGACAGUGGGCUUGCUGCAGUCUUUUACUCAUUUAGUCAACUAAAUCCAAUGUCGCAUCUUGGAGUUGAGGAUCAAAAUGGUUACGGACUUUUUCAUCAUGCUGCAAUGCAUAACCACGUUUCAAUUAUGUGCCUGCUGACCACAAUACGUUUGAAAAUCAAUCAGCAUCGCAAUCACAAGUUCCAAGACGCGGGUCAAACAGCUCUGCAUAUGGCAGCAAAGUGUGGGUCACUUGGUGCACUGAACUGCCUCCUAGGCCUGCGGGCAGAUCAUGAAACAACUGAUGCACGAGGUUGGACAGCAAUGCACUUUGCUGCAUUUUAUAACAAUGUUUCCUGCGUUAGAGCUCUGCAUAGAAAGGAUCCCAAAUUGCUGGAAUUAGAGACAUCAGCUAGAUAUCAUGCAACUCCAUUGUUACUUACUGCUAUGGCUGGUGCAUUUGAUACACUGCAAUAUCUACUAUCACUUGGAGCCAAUAUAUUAAAGGUUGACAAUGAAGAGAACAAUAUUGUUCAUUUAGCAGCACUUUACUUCCACACAGAUAUCCUGAUGUUCAUAAUUGAGCAGAGCAUCCCAGAGCUACACGUCUGGAAUUUACUUAAAGAGAUGAUGCAGAGCAAAGAUUAUCACAAACAGGAAAUGGGAGUGAGAUCACUUGAAGUUCUGAGUGUGAUAAAGAGGCGUUACUGGAAAGAAAUUCUUGAUGCAGGCAGCAUUCCUCCUCUUAUAGAUCUGUUGAACAGUAACCAUGAGACACUGCAAUGUAUUGCUGCUGCGGUGCUGUGUAAUCUCUCCUUCCAUCUACCAGCCUGUGAAUCAGUUAUUGAUUUUGGUAUCAUCCCAGGGCUUAUUUCAUUGCUGUACAGUAAAAAGCCGGAGAUUCAGUCUCGUUCCUCUGUCAUUCUCUUUGACAUUGCCCAGGUUAAAAAUAAUGCCAGUCUAAUUGCUACUCUUGGUGCAAUUCCUCCUCUCGUGCAGAUUUUAAAUUCGGUUGUUGAAGACGUACUUGUCAAUGCAAUUAAAUUCAUUCAGAUAUUAUGCAUUAACAAUCCGAUCAACCAGACCUUGGUAGUUAAAGAAGGGGCGAUUCCACUUUUGGUGGCGCUUUUAAGUGGCCCCUCAGAAAUACUGAAGGGCUAUUCUUCACUUGCUUUGGCUGAAAUUGCUCGUGGACACAGUGUGAACCAGGAUGUGAUUGCUGCUGAAGGGGCAAUUCCCCCUCUGGUAAAAAUCCUCAGUGGUCGCAAAAUCAAGAUGCAACUAAAAGCCAUAGCAGCAGUGGAGGUUUUAGCUGACAGAAACGCUGCAACACAAAAAGAAUUUCUUGAGUUGUCUGCCGACAAACAUAUUUUGAAACUUCUUAAGGUUUUUGAAAUAGAGAUCAGAGAGCAAGCCGCAACAGCUAUUUGGGCACUAGCUGGACAGACUCUCACCCAGCGAAAACAUAUGGCCAAGGAUAUUGGUUAUAAUUUGAUCAUUGAUCUUUUACUUUCCUCAUCUGAUAAAAUGCACUAUGUUGCUUGCCAGGCAAUGAUUGCUCUAAGUGAGUGCACCAAGGAACAACAAAACAAAAUUUGUACAGAAAAUGGACUCCCUCCCUUGAUUCGACUUUUAAGGAGCUCAAGAAUAUCUCUGCGUACAUUGUUGAGUGGUAUCACUGUUCUGGGGACAAUGUGUGUUGGUGUUGCACAUAAAAAUAAUCCCUUUAGUCAAAACAAAAUUACAGAAGAGGGUGGUGUGGAUGUACUCCUUCAUUUGCUUGCUGUUUCACGUUCUCAUCAAGUGCAGGUAGAAGUGAUCUAUAACUUGGCUUGCAUUGUGUUGGGAAAUAAAGAACUACAGAAGUUGUUAAAGGAGAAACAAGCCUUGAACUACAAGACCGUAUUGAAACAUCUUAAAUAUGAUGAAAAAUUUCAGGAAGGCGUUUUAAGAGCAGGCGGUGCUUUAGCCCUCUUUGCUUUCAAUAAUCCAAAGCAGCAGCAGCUAAUACGUGAAGCUGGAGGCAUUCAUAUGUCGGUGUACCAGAAUUUCCUUAACUCCAAAAACGAGGUUGAUCAGGCCAAUGCUGCAUUUCAGGUAAUAAUUCUAGCGAAGGUGAUUGCAGAUGUGGAUGAGGUCACGCUAACAGCCACAGGCAUCGUAACUUUAGUUAAUCUUCUGAAGUCAAACCAACCAUAUACAAUCAUUGUCGUAGGUCAACUGAUGUCCUCUCUUACUCAGACUCGAGCAGGUAUUACUGACGCUAUGAUUACAAUGGGAGCGGUGGAAAGUCUUUGUCCACAUUUAUAUGCUGAGAGGGACGAGGUCCGUCAGUCUUGUGCCACAGCUUUGGGAUACUUAAGUUUCAAUCGAACUGCUCAUCGACAUCUAUUGGUGGAGUGCAGGAACCAGCCAGAUUUGUAUGAUCUUUUAAUAUCUAACGUAAGCCCAGAUGGCAAAAUCUGCCAAGAGUUCAUCGACGAAUUCAACGUGCAAAAAUUAAUCGGCCUACCACAAGAGAGAUUGGAACUAAUUGAAGGUGAACUGGUUUUGAUCAGAGCAGAAGAGAGAGAAAGAGCAAAAAUAGAAAUAUGUCCACGAGAAAAGAAGAAAACUUUGCCUUUAAAAAAAAAACCGGCUCCACAACCAAAUGACUAGGACUGCUUAAUCACAGAAUCAGAUGUUCCUCAAGGUUUCUGCAACAAAAUCCAUUAAUCUUCUAAAUAAAAUCAAACUGAACCCAUGACCAAGGUAUUUAUCAUUUGCUUUAGGAUAUAAAUAGAACGUUGAAUGUGAUAUCCUAUUCCUUUAUUAAGAAUGUUCUGCUUGAAGGAAACUGUCAGGUAAAGUGAUAGUACUGUUGUGAAUUUUCCUUACACGCUGUAACUUAUCUUCCACAGUUGGUUAUACUGCAGCAACUAAAAUACUGUGCCUCAAUAUACUGUAUCCGUCUGUUUAUUAUGGCAGAUGAUAAUUCCUGGGAUAAAACAAUAUGUACGGGUCUCAAUUCAGUUUCCCCAAGUGUGCCACAUGACUGUCAAAUAUUUAACAUUUGAGAGAAUCCAAGCACCUUCAGUUUCUUUUACCCCCAGCAGUCAUUUUAUCAUCGCAUUUGAAAUGGAAAUAUUAACUUCCUUCAUAGCCAAAGUCAAGGUAUGAAAUGGCACAUCAGUAUCAACAAAAUUAAAAAGGAUUGAAAACAAGCGAUAAUAUUUUAAGAAUUAAACAUGGAACAAAUGCAUUUGGAAUGAUCAUUUUGGCAAGUGUAGGAUUUUAACUUGACAUUAUUCUAUGUAAAAUUUUGUACACCACAUUACAAUGAAAAUCACAAUGUAUAGCGUAGAAAUGCAUUAUUUAGUUCACCUGGUACCAUUCCUGUGUUAUACUUCUCCUAAAUGCUUGCUCCAUCAUAUAACAUCCUCUUGAAAGCAUUAAAGCCAGCCAUUGUUUAUGAUAGGGAAUUACAUACUUUUUGGAUAAAUAAGCUUCUCCUGAAUUAUCAGUUGAAUUUAUUUUAUAGUGAUUAUGGGUUUUUUUCCAGCACUUAUUUUGGUCACCCCCUUCUCACCAUGCUUCUACAUUCUUAAAGCACUUCAUUUGGUCACCCCAAGCCUUAUCAUUUCUGGAUAAGAGACAUUACCUAUUAGAAAAAUGUUGAAAAAAGUGAACAUAUCAGUGCUUAUCAUCCUAGUCUAUUUUUGAAUCGGAAAAAAGAAAAAAAGAAAGAAGGGAAAGGAAGAAGAAAGGAAAAAGAAAAGAAAGAAUUUCAAAAAAGCUACGAAAAAGAAAGAGGAAAACCCCUGAACUACCGAAGAAGUGAAAUAAAAGCGGAGAUAUAUCCCACUACCCUUCCCUACACAGGAAGCAAAAGGAAUUUGUAUAUGUGGGGGGGAUCUGAAUGUUGUACUGAAUCAUAGGCUUGAUAUGACAAGUAAAAAGAAGAAUAAGAACCAGUUAACAAAACUACUAAACACUACCUGUGAAGAAUUUGGUUUUCUUGAUGUCUGGAGGAAUUUUCACCCUCUAGAAAGAGACUAUACACAUUACUCAAUACCGCACUCAGUUUACUCCAGAAUAGACUAUUUCUUAAUGCAGAAAGAAGACUGUUAUAGGGUAACGGAUUGCAGAAUUGGUGUGGUAGAUGUAUCAGACCAUAAUGCCAUAUACUUAACAAUUCAAAUGGACAGUAGGAGGAAAAACACAGUGUGGCGAUUAAAUGUUGGAACACUGAAUGAUAAAACAACUGUUAAUGAUAUUAAAUUGGAAAUCAAAACUUAUCUAGAGGAGAAUGACAAUGGGGAGAUGGACCCAUGCAUACUAUGGGACUCAUUGAAGGCUGUAAUACGAGGUAGAUUAAUAGCUAGGGCAUCACAUAUUAAAAAGGCCUGAAUGAAAACAUAUAAUAAGUUGAUAUCAGACCUGAAGGAUUUAGAACAGAAGUACAAAAAUAAUAAGGACCAGAGAACUUAUAACCAAAUAGAAGAUUUGAGGGGACAAAUGGAUGGAAUAUUGUGUCAAGAGGUGGAGAAAAAAAGCAAGAUUUGUAAAACAGGCACAUUAUGAGCUAGGCCCCAAAUCCACUAAAAUACUUGCCCGGAGGCUACGCAAACAACAGGCUGACAACACCAUACACAAAAUUAAGGACCCCUGUACACAGAAUUUGAAGAGUGAUCCAAAAGAAAUAGAAUAUAUC